GCUGAUGCCAAGAUGGUCUGUGAUGUCGUAAGUCGGAUGGAGGACACAGAGCCCUUCUCUCCAGAGCUGCUGUCAGCCAUGAUGAGACUCUGGGCAGACUCUGGGAUCCAAGAGUGCUUCAACCGGUCCCGGGAAUAUCAACUUAACGACUCGGCCCAGUACUACCUAGACAGCUUAGAUCGAAUCGGAGCUGCAGACUACCAGCCCACGGAGCAGGAUAUCCUCCGAACCAGGGUCAAAACAACUGGCAUCGUAGAAACCCAUUUCACAUUCAAAAACCUUCACUUCAGGCUCUUCGAUGUCGGGGGCCAGCGGUCAGAACGCAAGAAGUGGAUUCACUGCUUUGAGGAUGUCACAGCAAUCAUUUUCUGUGUUGCGCUGAGUGGCUACGACCAGGUGCUCCAUGAAGACGAAACCACGAACCGCAUGCACGAAUCUCUGAAGCUUUUUGACAGCAUCUGCAACAACAAAUGGUUCACAGAUACAUCUAUCAUCCUCUUUCUAAACAAGAAGGACAUAUUUGAGGAGAAAAUUAAGAAAUCUCCACUGGCUAUCUGCUUUCCUGAGUAUACAGGCCCCAAUGCUUUCACGGAGGCGGUGGCAUACAUCCAGACUCAGUACGAGAGCAAGAACAAGUCCCCCAACAAGGAGAUCUACACUCACAUCACCUGUGCCACUGACACCAACAACAUCCAGUUCGUCUUCGAUGCUGUCACGGAUGUCAUCAUUGCCAACAACCUGCGGGGAUGUGGACUCUACUAA